UUUGUCCUGCUUGCUCCACUUUCCCCCAAUCCGCUGCCUCCUCUUUCCCCGGCCUCCCCCAAUCCCCGCCUUCUCUCCUCCUCCUCAAUCCGUCGCCUCUCCCCCAAGCCGCCGCCCUCUCUCCUCCCCGUCUUUGGCCCCGCCCUCGCCAACUCCCGACGCUCCGCCGAGUGGAGAACCAGGAAGGAGGAGGGACGUGAAGUGGAGAAGAGGGGGUGCGCUAGAGAAGGAGCCAAGCCCGCAGGAGAGCACGGAGUGCCGGCGCGCCAUGCCCGCCGCAGCUGCUCGUGGAGCUCCGGCAUGUGCUGCACCAUGGAGGCGCUCGUGGAGGUGCUCUCGCCUUCGGAACCACCUCGAUCCGCGUCUGGAACCAUCCUGCUCGUCUCCAACUUUUCCAGCUCACUGAUGAGGACCUCGUCUCGGCCUCCCUACCAGCCCCAUCCGUUAGAGCACAACGCCGCCUUCUGCCUCCCCAUGCGAGGUCCUUGUUCUGAUUCCUUCCUCUCUUGAUUAAUUUCAUUCUAUUUCAUUUCUAGGGUUUGAUGUCGAGGAGGUUCGGUUCCUACACCAAUGGUUACAGCGGGCUCUGCUGCAGGAAGCAGGGUCUAAUGAUGUACAAUUUUGCAGCUGCUGGUUUAGUUGUUCAAAUGGGAGCUUCGUAGGGGCAUGCCCUCAAUUCCAUUACCUUUCUAGAUUGUUGUUUCGUUGUUGAUGCAAUACUCAGUUUGGUGGUUUCCUUUUGUUUUUGCUGCAGGGAGUGGAAGUUUUAGAAUGCUGCGGACAGGUUGAGAGCAAUAGAUGUUUUUUAAGUCCUAGAUUGUUACUACUAAGAAUGGAAUUCCAGAAGAGAUACUUUUGGUGUUGUAUUAUUACCUCUCGUAUCUGAUAGAUAACACAAAGUUAUCAGUUUAGUUGGAAAAAGAGAAAGUCCAGAUCAAUUGUGAGGAUAUGAUCAUUGGCAUACUUACCCCCCGACCUGAUGAUGCCUCAUUUCUUCAGAAUUUGAGGCUAUUCUUGAUAUGCCGAGGUAGGUCCGGCUAUCGAGUCAAUAAUUAUAUUUUGUAGUGUGUGAUGAUACAUUAAUAAUCACACUUGAAUGUGUUACCUAAACCUGUCUUGCUUUUGUAUUUCAUCCUCCUUUGAACCAUCCAAUGACCUGUGCACUACAAAUCAUAAGUGUGAGGUGUACAGAAACCUGCACCUUAUAUUCCUGUCUUGCUUUUGUAUUAUAUCCCCCUUUGAACCAUCUGACGACUUGUGCACUACAAAUGAGAUGUGUGAGGUGUACAGAAACCUGCACUUCAUAUUUCUUACAUUCCUGUUUUAUUUAAUGUCUGAGCCUCUUUAUAUUGCUUACACCUGUGAUUUAUCUAAUCUCUGAGCAAGUGUGGCUGUGUAUAAUUGAGUUAGUAAGCCCAGUUGUUUGAAGAAGCAAUUUGCAUUCCAGAUUUUAGGAUUGUCCUAAUUCUUCUAUCCAUUUUUGAUUUGCCCCUGCCAUUGUAGAAGUAUGAGUGGGUUGACUUUUCUUGAUGUGUAUUUUAUACAACGAGCAACUACCUUGCGCCGUCUUUCAACCGCCAACAAUCCCAUGACCCUGCAUCAGGACAAUUUGAUUUUGGGAGGACAAAGGUCAGGCAAGGAUGAGAAUGGGAUACCAGAUUACAACGAUGGAGGCUCGGACAUGGAUCUGCUCAUGCUCUCAGCGGGAAUACUGGAUGUUCUCGAAGCUUUGCCAUACACACGUGCUACUUUUGGCACUUGUGUGGGCUCCAGUUUGUGUCAAUGCAAUUUGCAUCUAUCAGCGGAUUAUGUCGAUCAGGAACCAGGUUGUAUAAUGCACCAAUGCUGCUUUCUGAUGACGACGGCAAUGCCAAACGCACCAUCACCUGAGGAUGAAGUGAAGAAGAAGAAUUGGGAUUGUCAAUUGUGUAUUUGCAAUUGUACAGAUCCGAGGUCUAUGCGAUUGGCGGGGAAGGAACCAUGAGAGGAGCAGUGGCGAUAUUCAAAGAGAUUAAACGGCAUGGUUUGAGGAUAUCCAUUACAUGGAUCCCCAAAACUGUGGACAUCGGCAUCAUAGACAGGUCGUUUGUGUUCCAAACUGCAGUGGAGAUUACUCAGCAUGCGAUCAACCGGCACAUGUGGAGGCUGUGAGCGCUGUGAAUGGCAUUGGUCUUGUCAAACUUACGGGAAGGAGCACAUGACACAUUACUCUUCAUGCCACCCUGAGCAGCCGAGAUGUUGACUGCUGUGAAUCUUGAGAUUGAUUUCCACGUUGAAGGGAAGGGAAGCCUGUUUGAGUUCCUGUAUGAACGGAUAAAGAAGAAGGGGCAUGUUGUGGUCGUUGUUGCUGAAGGUGCUGAUCAGGAGUUAAUACCCCGGACUGAUGACCCAACAGAGUUAACUUAAUCUGAACCUCCUCUGUUUCCGCUAUAUAUCCCUAAUUUUCUGAACUUAACAACUGAACAACAUUAUAUAUUAGAUUAGCACACAAGUGAACUGGAAAUCAUUUUAUUCAGAUUGUUGGUACCCUCAGUGUAAAAUUAUUCCUUAUUGGUUGGGGAUUUGGAGACGUAGUAUCUGGUUGAUGAA